CCGUGGGGUCUGGCCCUCCAGGGUUGCUCGGGUCGCUCUAUAGGGUCGUGGGGCUGCGGGGAGGGGUGUUGCUCACCUGUGGCGAGACGGGACGACACGGGGCGACGCGGGGCGAGCAGCGUGAGCAGCGUGCGCAGCGUUUGCAGUAAUGGAACAGCUGCAGGAUCCCAUUAUGCAGGAAGAUGCAAGUAUUAAAGCUAUUAAUGAAGAGUACAGGAAAGCCUUUCUUUUUAUUAAUAAAGGACUGAAUACAGAUGAACUGGGUCAGAAGGAAGAGGCAAGAACUUAUUAUAAGCAAGGGCUUGACCACUUGCUCCGAGGAAUUAGCAUUCCGUCACAGGGUCCUGCAUGCGUAGGGUCCCAGUGGGAGUCUGCUAGGCAAAUGCAACAGAAGAUGAGGGAGACCCUGCAAAAUGUUCACACUCGACUUGGCAUUCUGGAACAAAACACCCCACCAGUACAAGUGAGUCCUGUGAUGGAUGCCCCUGAUGGAGUGCCCAGGUUGUACCCAUCCAUUCCUUCCAGAGAAAGACCAGAAAGACCCCCUGCCCCUAAUUCUCUACUUGUACCAAGUCAGCCACCUGAAGCUGAUGGAGGUGCUGCAGCUGUGAGCCUGGGGCAAAUUCCAGCUAUGAGUCCAUCUGCAAAGCCUCUUUGUCUGCCAAAUGAAGCACCUCCUGCCUAUACUCCUCAAGCUACUAAUGGCCAUUUUACAGUGUCCUAUGGCACAGACUCUGGGGAGUUUUCUUCUGUAAGUGAGGACUAUUACAGCAAGUGUACUCAGCCACCUCCCCUUGAAAACCUGGGAGUGGAUGCAGAUGAGCUGAUCUUGAUUCCCCAGGGGGUACAGAUAUUCUUCGUGACUCCUGAUGGGCAGGUUAGUGCUCCUUCAUAUCCUGGAUAUCUACGCAUUGUGAAGUUCUUGGAUACAGACAGUGAGACGGCCCAGAAUCGUCCACCUGCAUUUCUUCAGGUCUGUGACUGGUUAUAUCCUCUAAUGUGUAACCAGUCUCCUGUUCUGUGCUGCAAUACUGGAGUCUACAUGUUUCCUGACACGAUGUCCCAGAUACCGGGGUCCUAUGUGGGACUAGUGCUGUCUUCAGAACUUCCAGCCGCUGACAGAGAGCUGUUUGAGGAUCUCUUAAAACAGAUGUCUGACCUUCGAAUCCAGGUGCCAGGAUCCCAUGAGAGAUUAGGGUUAUCUUCAGAGCUCCCAGCAACUGAGAGAGUGCAUUUUGAAGAUAAAUUUAAACAGAUGUCUGGCCACAAAGUCCAGCCUUCAGAUACCUCUGGUGAUGUAAUUAACUUGUCUCAGACUGUACGGAUCGAACCACAACCUGAAGGAGCAGAAAAUCAGAAAGAGUUACCAGAAUGGAGUGAGAAAGUUGCUCAUGGAAUCUUGUCAGGUGCAUCUUGGGUAAGCUGGGGCCUAAUAAAAGGCGCAGAAUAUACUGGUAAAGCUAUACAUAAAGGAGCUUCUAAACUGCGUGAACACAUCCAACCAGAAGAAAAACCUCUGGAAGUCAAUCCAACUGUAGCAAAGGGACUUCAUGUAGCAAAACAGGCUACUGGAGGAGCUGUGAAAGUCAGCCAAUUCUUAGUUGAAGGAGUCUGUUCUAUAGCAAGCUAUGUUGGGAAGGAGCUGGCUCCACACGUGAAGAAGCAUGGCAGCAAAUUAGUUCCAGAGUCCCUCAAGAAAGAUAAAGAUGGCAGAUCCACAUUGGAUGGUGCUCUGGUGGUAGCAGCAAGUGGAGUUCAAGGGUUUUCAACAGUGUGGCAAGGUUUAGAAAGUGCAGCAAAGUGCAUUGCUAAAAGUGUUUCAACUGAGACUGUAAAAACUGUCAAAUACAAGUAUGGAGAUGAUGCUGGCCAUGCUACAGACAAUGCUAUGAAUUCUGCAAUCAAUGUUGGUGUGACAGCAUUUAACAUUGACAGUAUUGGUAUUAAAGCAGUAGUAAAGAGAACUGCAAAGGAAACUGGACAUGCUGUGUUGGAUGAAUAUAAAGUACUGGAUAACAAGAAGAAGGAUAAAAAAUGAAAGCAAAGCCUUACAUUAGAGAUGAAACUUCCUAUUUAGAAGUCACGACGUUGCUAAUCUGCAAUUUAACACAAAUCACACUGUACUUUUCAAGCAACUGUUACUUAAUUUGUUAUGAAAAUUUAAUAGUAGGGAGGGUAUUUACGUAAGGAAAAAUGAAAAUUGUCUUAAUUCCAUGAUGAGUAUUGAAUAAGGGUUUUAAACAACCAAUUCAGGGCUUUAGACAAUGGGACAGAUAAUGAGUUUGCAGUUAAUAAACUUGCCUCUUUAAGCACUUUUUCAAAAUAAAAAAUGAACUAGAUUAAUAUAGAAAUACUGUUGUGAAUAUUUUUUGAAUCCUUUAUAUUUGUAAGGAAGGUGGUGAUACAGAAACAAAUAGGAUUAAUAAUUGUGGAACAAGUAGGAUUUCUAGUUUCAUUUUUUAACUGUUCUGAAGAGUUAGUUUUACUAAACCAGCCUUGUCUUAUUUAAUAUGUACUGCUAAAAUAAGCUAUGUGAUUAAUUGUUUUGUAGAGAAUUUCCUUUUUUGGCUACCGAACACCUAAUCUUAUCCAAAGUUCAUGUUAGAAGAAGUGAAAGAUGAGCCUCAGGUAACUAGGUAGUUAUUCCCUUUAAAACUUUUUUUUUUCUUUUUUCUUCUAGCAUAUAAGCAAACCAAAGAUACAAAGCAUCUCUUCUAAAAGAAGGUAUUUACAACUGUAGAAAAAUGUGUUCUUUAGUUGGCUUCAUAAGGAAUAUACAAAGAUUUUUUUGAGAUUUUUAUGUAAAGGAUGAGUAUGUUUUUGCAUAAAUUAUUCUUCUGUGAAAACACAAAAUUCUUUAUUAUUCUAUAGAGGACACUAGGAACUUCUAUGCAUUCUGUAUUUUUCAGACAAUCCAGAAAGAUGCGGAGUAUAUACCAUGGCCUCCUAAUGGCAGAUAUAGAAUCACAGAACCAUAGACUGUUUGGGUUAGAAAGGACCUUAAGAUUAUUUAGUUCCAACCCCCCCUUUCAUGGGCAGGGACACUUCCAGGUUGCUCAAGGCCCUGUCCAGCCUGGCCUUGAACACUGCCAGGGAUGGAGCAUUCACAGACAACAUGUAUUUGCUUCAAGAAGUAGUUCUAACAGCAUCUUUAUUCCAUUAAAUUCAUAGUUGCACAAAGUUUUUCUUCAAAGGGUAUGAAGACAAGCCCUCUUAAUGGAGAGGUGUGUGGACUAGAAUAGACAUGACUGUGUAGGUUAUCCUGUUCCUAGUGCAGUGUGAAAUAACUCCAUAUGUAGAACCAUUCAAAUGCUUUCCCACUGUUUAUUUAACAGUUCACUGUUGAGUUUCAAAGCUGCUACAUAUUCUAAUACUGGCUGGACCUGUAGCAAGCAGAACUCUUAUCACUUUAAAACUUAUCUCCAUUUCAUGUAAAUGGAGAAAAAGCUAUAAUUUGUUGUUAGCAAAUGAUACUUGCAUAACAUUGGAAAAAAUAAAUAACAAUUAAUGCUAUUACAAUGAUAAUGCACAUUUUCUAGUGGCUACUGUAGGUGUGUACUUAGGGUGAGAAAUGUGAAACAAAGGAUCUAACCACUUGAAGUGUAAUGAUUUAUGGAAAUAAAGAUGAUAUCAAAGUUGGUUAA